UUGUGUCUGGAGUCGGAAUAUCGAUCCGACGCCCUCAUUCGGCUCGACUGCGCCUACAAGGGUAUAAGACAGCACGAAGCGGCUAUACAGGAGAGCCGUCUCGGUAAUAACACAGCUAGGUGCAUUCUCGCUGCAAUUUCGCUCUCUACAGGGCUGUGUGUUUGUGGCGCGCUGAAGAUCAGGGCUAACGAUCGGCGCGGCGACGCUCUCUCUCGCACGCGCGGCUCCCCCCCCCCUCCCGGGCUAGUACAGAGCCCCCCCUCGCCCCCAUCCCACACCAGCUAUAGCCGCGCCAAGAGAUCAGCUGAGCGUUGGCCGGCACGCGGGUUCGUCGGCGCGUUCGUUGCCGCGCUACGGGGCCGUCUCUGUCGACACACGGACGACACUUUGCUACUUGUAUGCUAUAAAUAUUCAGCGAACGCUCUGCCAGCAGCCAGCGCUCUCACCGCGCCGGUAUUCCUGAUCAAAAGAUACCAACCUAGAUACAGUUUGGGCUCAAUUUUGACGAUCCCCCGUCGCACUCGAAGAGAAAAAGAUUGUGGUUGGCGCGUGCACUCGCGCUUUUGUCUUAUUCAUCCAUCACUGCACAUCCGCACUAAUAGGAAAAUCACGAUAUCACUGUCACAGUAG